CCAGGCGUACGGCGCCCCAGCGGCCGGGGUGGUGCGCUGCCCGGCUCCCGUAAAGUUAUUGUGAAUGGGGAGCGGUGACGUCAGCGCCCGAAUGUCAACAAUGUAGCGAUUGAGAGUGUGGGCGUUCCGGGGAGAGCGCGAGCCGCGCGCGGAGCAAACAGCGCCGAGCCGCCGCCGCCUCAGCAGCCGCCGCCGCCGCGACCGUGCACGCUCGGGCUCCGAUCGCAGCAGCGCCAGCGCCAGCGCCAGCGCCCGCCGCCGCCCUCGCCGCCCGCCUGCCCACUCCCGCGGCCGCCGGGCUCUCGCGCUCCCCCGACCUGCCCUCGACCCUUCCCCUCCCCCCUCCCGGCACACUCGGGGAGCUGGGAACCAGCUGCCAUGUGAUGCGCGUCCUCUCCUCCAGCUUUCGGUGACCCCCGAACCGCCCACCGCGCCGGCCGCCGGGAGGGGGCUGCGGGCUGGGAAGACGCAGAGAAGAGGAGGCGGAAAAGGACGCAAAGUUCUCUGGCGAGGACAGGCGUGUCGAGCUGCGAAGGCUCCGGCUGACAUGAAGGAGGCUGAGCGGGAAAGGCUGCGGCUCCUUCGGCGGAGAGGGCUGUUCUGGUGAGACAGAAAAAGUCUUGCUUAAAAUGUGAGAUUGCCCCACCCAGCUUCUCCAGCAGCGCUCCAGUAAGCGGCAUUUUUCAUUCUUGCAGUGCAGCUGCCUGCUUCAGGAAGGGAGCUCUACGGGAACAAGGAGAAUCUUCAGGGACAGCCUCGCAUUGUGACAUGCCCGAUCCCUCACUUCAGGCCCUGCAGCAUGAACAAGGUGGACACUCACUGACCUGUCACAAGGCUGCCCCACAGCGCUUUGGGGUCCAUGUCUGAAUGGAUUGCUGUAGCCUUCUCAUCUCUCCCUUCGCCCAGUUCCCUGCAUCCUAAGACUCGAAGCCAGCACAGGACCUGGAAAGAUUACAUGGUCUGAACGGCAUGUCUGUGGAUGAGAAGCCUGACUCCCCCAUGUAUGUGUAUGAGUCCACAGUCCACUGCACCAACAUCCUCCUGGGCCUCAAUGACCAGCGGAAAAAGGAUAUUCUCUGUGACGUGACUCUGAUUGUGGAGAGGAAGGAGUUCCGGGCCCACCGGGCUGUGCUGGCUGCGUGCAGUGAAUACUUCUGGCAGGCGCUGGUCGGACAGACGAAAAAUGACUUGGUGGUCAGCUUGCCGGAGGAGGUCACGGCCAGGGGCUUCGGGCCGCUGCUGCAGUUCGCCUACACCGCCAAGCUGUUGCUCAGCAGGGAAAACAUCCGCGAGGUCAUCCGCUGCGCCGAGUUCCUGCGCAUGCACAACCUGGAGGACUCCUGCUUCAGCUUCCUGCAGACCCAGCUGCUGAACAGCGAGGAUGGCCUGUUCGUGUGCCGCAAGGACACGGCCUGCCCGCGCCCCCACGAAGACCAUGAGAACUCGGCGGGGGAGGAGGAAGAGGAAGAGGAGGAGGAGACGAUGGAGUCGGAGACGGCCAAGAUGGCCUGCCCCAGGGACCAGCCGCUCCCACACCCCGGCAGCUUCGAGCCCACGGCCAUCCCGGGAGCCCAGAAGGAAGAGGCUUUGCUGGCGCCCGAGGCCGACGGGCCCACGGACACCAAGGAGAGCUCCGAGAAGGACGCGUUGACGCAGUACCCGCGAUACAAGAAAUACCAGCUCGCAUGUACCAAGAAUGUCUACAAUGCAUCCUCACACAGUACCUCAGGUUUCGCAAGCACAUUCGGUGAAGACAGCUCCGGCCACAGCCUCAAGCCCGGGCUCGCCAUGGGGCAGAUCAAAAGCGAGCCGCCCAGUGAGGAGAACGAGGAGGAGAGCAUCACGCUCUGCCUGUCCGGGGACGAGCCUGACGCCAAGGACCGAGCGGGGGACGUGGAAAUGGACCGGAAGCAGCCCAGCCCCGCGCCCGCCCCUGCGCCCCCCUCGGGGGCCGCCUGCCUGGAGAGGUCCAGGACCCUGGCCUCCCCCUCCUGCCUGAGGUCUCUGUUCAGCGUAACAAAAAGUGCGGAGCUGUCUGGCCUGCCCGGCACAUCUCAGCAGCACUUUGCCAGGAGUUCCGCGUGCCCUUUCGACAAGGGCAUCACUCAGGGUGACCUUAAAACUGACUACGCCCCCUUCUCGGGGAAUUAUGGACAGGCCCACGGGGGCCAGAAGGAUGCAUCCAGCCUCCCGAUGGGGUCGCCCCUCAAGGGCCCUGGGGUGGAGGCUCUCUGUAAGCAGGAAGGAGAGCUGGACCGGAGAAGUGUCAUCUUCUCCUCGAGCGCUUGUGACCAAGUGAGCACUUCGGUGCAUUCGUAUUCUGGGGUAAGCAGUCUGGACAAAGACCUCUCUGAGCCGGUGCCAAAGGGUCUGUGGGUGGGGGCUGGCCAGUCCCUCCCCAGCUCGCAGGCCUACCCCCACGGUGGGCUGAUGGCCGACCACUUGCCAGGAAGGAUGCGGCCCAACACUAGCUGCCCGGUGCCAAUCAAGGUCUGCCCUCGCUCGCCCCCCUUGGAGACCAGGACCAGGACUUCCAGUUCGUGCUCCUCCUAUUCCUACGCGGAGGACGGGAGCGGGGGCUCGCCCUGCAGCCUCCCUCUCUGUGAGUUCUCCUCCUCACCCUGUUCCCAGGGAGCCAGAUUCCUUGCCACAGAACAUCAGGAACCAGGCCUGAUGGGAGAUGGAAUGUACAACCAAGUCCGACCCCAAAUUAAAUGUGAGCAGUCUUACGGAACCAACUCCAGUGACGAAUCCGGAUCGUUCUCGGAAGCAGACAGUGAGUCGUGUCCUGUGCAGGACAGGGGCCAGGAGGUCAAACUUCCCUUUCCUGUAGAUCAAAUCACAGAUCUCCCGAGGAACGACUUCCAGAUGAUGAUUAAGAUGCACAAGCUGACCUCAGAACAGUUAGAGUUCAUUCACGACGUCCGGCGGCGCAGCAAGAACCGCAUCGCGGCCCAGCGCUGCCGCAAGAGGAAACUGGACUGCAUUCAGAAUUUAGAAUGUGAAAUCCGCAAAUUGGUGUGCGAGAAGGAGAAGCUGCUGUCCGAGAGGAACCAGCUGAAAGCGUGCAUGGGGGAGCUGCUGGACAACUUCUCCUGCCUCUCCCAGGAAGUCUGCCGCGACAUCCAGAGCCCCGAGCAGGUCCAGGCCCUGCAUCGGUACUGCCCUGUCCUCAGACCCAUGGGUCUCCCUCCAGCCUCCAGUAUUAGCCCCGCGCCCUUGGGCGUGGAGCAGAACCUUGCCGCCCCUCCGUGCGCGGUUGGGGACACCGUGCCCUGCUGUUUGGAGCAGGGUGCCGCGCCGCCCGGGCCCCCCUGGGCCCCCAGCAACGCCUCCGAGAACUGUACUUCUGGGCGGAGGCUGGAAGGCACUGACCCAGGAACCUUCGCGGAGAGAGGGCCUCCUCUGGAACCCAGGAGCCAAACGGUGACCGUGGACUUCUGCCAGGAAAUGACUGAUAAGUGUACAACCGACGAGCAGCCCAGGAAGGAUUACACCUAGUGACGCGGCCCGCCUCCGCGUCCUCACACCUCCCCACCAGGUGGCGCUGUCCAGCUGUCGUCUGGAAGAACCGAGAAGGAAUUGGUGCACACUACAGCGGUCUCAGCAGCAAUACUUUCAGCAAGUAUUCCCUCCUCUCUCCACGCAGGAGUGAUCGUUACCUUCACAAUGGUGCUACCCCUUGCCCCGGCAAGGAAAGACAACAGUGGUGACACUGUCUGUCUGUGGGUUAAUUUCAGUCUUAACAGGGAUAGACUAUAACACCUCUAGGACCCAACCACGGAUUUUUUUCUCAGUGGCCCAUGUCACAAACCCUAUCUCAGGAAUUUCUUCUGAAUGUUCAAUUUUUUUCAUUGAAGACAGCUUCUAUACACAUCAAAGUUUUAUAGCUAGACUGUACAUAUUAUAUAUAAUAUAUAUAUGAAAUAUAUAUCUCUCCAUAUGCAAAAGUCCUGCAUGCCUCAACUUUCUCAUCCUAAAACUGGAAACUUCAUUUCUCAUUGACAGACAGGUUCCAACAUUCCUCUUCUUUUGUCUCUGAUGCUAGAACUAGUUUGGCAACUGUUAACAUGGUCUUUUUUUUUUUCUUGCUUCACAGUUCAACUUUGAUUUGUACUUAUUUAUGGACAGAAUUCGAUGUUGGAAGUCUUCAUUUUGAGGUUUUUGUUUUCAGACAGCCUUUUUCUGUUUGGUUUGGGUUUGGCACCGUCAGGUGGUGUCAUCUGAGUUGGUGGGUUUGUUGUUUGUUUCUGCAGACACUGUACAGUCAUGGUCAACUUUGCCACUUGCACUGAGUUUUGGGUCAAACCUAUUUUCUUAAAUGAAGUUGUAACUUCCGUAUAACUCGAGUAUACUGUAUAUUCUUUGCUUUUAGUUUAAAAUUAAAACACUUUAGCUCAUUAAAAAACCACUCAGGUGAUAAUUAUGUAGGGAAAAAAACAAUCUUGCCAAAUAAUGAAUUCAUCCUAGGAUGUGUCGACAAUAAUCUGCUUGAAUAUUUUUCUAUCUCACCUCCUCCCCACCUUUCCUAAGCAAAGUUGAAAUGCAGAUGGAGAGUUCGGAGUUGAUGCUGGAUGUUCAGAUUCCUAAGUGGGGAGAGAGUUUGGGCAUCUCACUCGAAAGUGCAUCGAAAUAAUAGGCAUUGACUCCUAGAUAUAAGUCAGACCUGCUUUCUCACCCGGGGAGUAAGUCCCAUUCAUUUCAGCACUUCAUCCAGCCUCGCCUGCCCAGGGAGUGUAGUGCGGCAGGACCUGCUACUUGGAAGGACUCUGGCCUCCUGGGAGAGCUCACCCGAGGGGGUGACCUGCAGCCCCAAGGCCCUGCCUCUGCGCGGCUGUCCUGGGUCAGUGCAGCUCACCCCAGAGUCGGAGAGAGCAGGUCAGACUGAGCCUAAGGUCUGUCCUGGACACAGGCGAGAGCAUUUCUUCCUCCCUUCCUUCCUUCCUUCCUUCCUUCCUUCCUUCCUUCCUUCCUUCCUUCUCCAAAUGCUUCGAGUUGAACUCUGAGGUUUUCCACCAGUCUCUUGUCCCCAGGCAGAUUUCAUUCUGAGUCUUUGGACGUGGUGUGGCCAGGAGCCCGCCCUGACCCUGCCCCCACCACACUCACACCUGCCCUCACCUGAUGAUCAUUUUCUUCUCUUGCUGCAAAACUGGUUGGCUUGCAACCCACAGAGAGCAGCUUCCCUUGGCUCUGAAGGGUUGGGGGGGGGGGGUGUGGGCCCCUGGCCACGUUUACAGAAGAGGGUGCUGAGACCCCGCCCCAGCCGCAGAGGAGGAGGAAUCAGCUCCCUCGCUCCAGCGGGCCCAGCCUGGCCAGGGGAAGAGUCCCUAAGGGUUUGAUGUGGGGAUGGGGUGGUGGGCACUGGGGACUAGAUGGUUGACUCUGUUUCUUUAUUUGUGCCAUUGUUUGGACAAUAUUAAAGCUGCAUGUAAAGGGGGAAUUAGUAUAUGAUGUAGGCGAAAGUGAAAUCAUAGCAACAUGUUUUAGUAUUAUUAACUUUUUUCUGUACAAAUAUUAGCGCUAAAUGUUGGAAUAUGUAUGAAUGCCAGAAAUAUGUUGGUUCACGCUGUAGGAUUAAAACACAAAAAAAGGCUUUUCUUUUAAACUAGCUCCACUUUUAAAACCUGCGUCUGGGUUUUCGUUUCCUCUCGUGUGUGUGUGUGUGUGUGUGUGUGUGUGUGUGUGUGUGUGUGUGGUGUGCGCAUGCUUGUCUCAUUGAGCUCUGUGCCAGAGCUGCCCCUGUCAUCGCGGUUGUUGGUAUUUCUCCGCCUAGUAGACAGGUCUUGUGCUUCACCAAGAGGUCUGCCCGCCUUUGGGGAAAGCUGGUGACAGUUCGAAUUUACAGUCAAUGUGAAUCAUGUGAUCCAUCCCAAGUCUGUGUUACGGUGGAGUCAGCCAACAGUAUUUUGUUUUUGAACUCUCUUGUUUUCCGUUUUUAAGUGACCUCCUCUUUUUCAAAAAAGGAAUGUUUUCUGCUCAGAUCAUAACCAGGCCCAAACGCCUUGUUGGCAUCAUUUAUCCUGGUAACAACUCACGUGCAACUGGUAGUCUUGACCACAUUCCGUUCACCCUCUCCCUGUGGGUCGGUCCGCACACACCUGUGCCGUGGCCGCUCCCAGUGGGAAGGGCUCUCUUUCUUUCUCUCCACCCUAACUGGAUCCACCUCCUCUUCUUGCCAGCCCCCACCUCACUUUUAUUCCUCUCUCCAACCAAACCCUUGCUGUAGGAACUGGUUAAAAACACUGCUUGAAAAACUGUCUUUCGAUUUCUUUUUAACAACUUGUUCCGAUUUUGUUCACCAUCCACCAUGAACAGUGACUAACUUUGUGCAAUGCAACAUGUCCAUGUCUGUUACUGCUCUAAAACAUGUGUUUGUCAAGAUUAUUUCCUGGUUCAUUCAAAGGGAGGACUAGCUGGGGACCAGAAUCCAAAUGGCCUCAAGUGGAACUUUUAAAACCAGCCUGUUCCUUCCCCUGGGAUCCCUUAGUGAAGCCUGUGUCUCGUAGGAAAAGGAAAAGCAAGUUAACCGUAAGGAACAGUGUUCUUUGGGGUCUUUCUUACCAAAAUAAAGGACCCUCCCACCAUGGUCUGUUUAGGAGGAUCCCUACGCCAGCCCAGUAGGGGCUGGGCUCUGAGUGUCUGGGCCUGGAAUGGGUCAGGGCAGGGACAGUGGAGGUGACGAGCUAACAGCCGCCUGAAUCUAGCCCCCCCCCCCCCCUUUGUUCUAUGUGUGUCUCCAGGCAGCCUCACUUCCUUCAGGUUGGCCAGGCUUCGGGCAGGCGAGUGCUUUGCUGUAUGUGUUUGUUUCUCUGCGUUAUCUGGGGGUGCCUUGAAUAAAUGAACUUUAUUACAUACUGAUUCUGGAACAAAACAGUUGCAAAAAAAAAAAAAAAAGGCUGGCAGUUCCUAGGCCCUCCUGCUUCUCCCUCUGGGUUCCCUGGCCAUGACUCCGGCGUCAGAGGUGAGCUGCAGCAGACGGUGUGAUUUUGUAUAGUGUACAAGUAAUUUAUUAACUGUCUUUCUGAAGGUAUGCUGCUUUGAAGAUGCACUAUGAUUUUGGAUUUAAUCCUCGUCUUGCUUUCCCAAGGAACUUUAAAAAAAGGCUGUUGAUUAGCAGGCCAACUGCCACUUCUUGAAAAGGAGGGCAGGGAGCCAAGUGAGGGCCUGCAUGGGAGGACUGCUCAAGGUCAGGUGGGCACAGUGUCGCGUUCAGUGCUAUUGCCAAGAGGUCCACACCUACACUCUCUCCUUUAAUACUUUAUGAUGGCCAUUCAAGAAGAAGAAACAAACAAAAGUGUAAAAAUGAUAAGCCGUUUAAGAAACCACCAAGUCCUGCCCUGUGAGCUGAUCCACUGUGGGGCAGCGUAAUCCUCUGAACACAAGCAGAAGCCUGCCAGGCUCUCUCAAAGCCCUCCUUGGUUCCCUAGGUCUAUACAUCACACCCCAUUCAAGCUGGGAGCUGCAUAGGAAAGGACUUCAAACCGCUCCACUGUCGCUUCGUGUGGAGGAGUCAGAUCUAGAAGGAAGCAAGAAUCAAGUUUUUUCCUCAUCACUGUAAAUAGACUAAAGAACAUAGCGUGUGUGUGUGUGUGUUUAAAGAAUAAAGCUGUUCACUGGAUCAUGAGUUAGUGUUUCUUGCCCAAAUAGAGGAUUUUGUUGUAGGUUCCGUUUCUGGCAGGUCAGUCCACAGCGCAGGGCCCUGGGUGGCCGUGGGGAGGCAUUCUGUGUUCAAGCUGUGUGUUUCUAACACUGCCCAAGCCAUCUCAUGACCCAAGCAUCGAAGAUGGAUGCUGCAGAGUAGAAAAUAUUUGCACACAAAUAUGUGCAAAUAGUACUUGUACAUAGAAAAUAACUAUUGUGGCAGAUUAAGGAUAAAUUAUUCAACUGACGGUGCAAAAACAUUUCUUGCAAAGAAAAGUUAAAUGUAUAGUAUUUUCCUACACUCCACCCUGGGAGGUAAUAUUUAUAUCAAAUGGCUAUCGGUGUGUUUUCAUUGUGGAGAUGAUUUCAUGGCGUGGUGUGGUGUGCGCAUUUCAGUAUCAAGCAAUGGACAGACAGCUCUGACUCUCACGUUCAUUCCAGGUUAUUGACCUCAGAGGAAACCAUGGCCCUCCUUAGAAGCAGAAGUGCACCCAGGCCAUUCAUUUCAGGUAGACUGGCAUUCAGUGCCAAAUGCUCCCGUGUAUCAGGAAAGGGGAAAGGACUUGGACACAGUGGGGUUUUCCUACAGACUGAUGCUUAGUCUUCUACCGAAACAUGUCUGGAGGCAGAGGGGUGACCUCCGCUCGAGUCCCCACAGUGCACUUUGCAUAUGUGAAUGCUGGGGUGCCCAUGCACGCUGGGACGUAGACCUGCCACUUCCAGCGAGUAAUCAGGAAGAUUCCAGAUGCACUUGGGAGCUUUGGGUGCUGGUUAGACACCGUGAGCCAUUCCGGGCAAGCACCCACCUUUGCUUGGGAGGCCAAGAGGGACUGUGAGAAUUUGUUCCAGAACCAGUCGGAUGCAAGUGCACCUCUAAUACAUGCCUUACAAACUCCAGAGGCCAUAUUCAAAACAGGGUCUUCUCAGUGUAUGCAAGGGGCCACAGCCCCGCCUCUCCUCCUCCCCAGGUCGAACAAUACGGACAGAUUUCACACAUAUCUACCUGUAUAACCCUCUGUACCUCUCAUAACUGGUCAACGACUGUAACAGGUUACAUCAGGUGUUUUUCUACAUACUUUUUACACAGAUUCUAUGCGAUUAAUGUAACUUAAUUCAGUGCAUCAGUUUAUUAUACUAGUUCUUAGGCUUGUCUUUUACUUUCUAAGUGAUUGUGGUUUUUCUUGUGGUUUUUAUUGUAAAGAUGAAAACAGCUGUUGAUGCUUAUUCUCUGUAACUAAGAAUUUUUACCUUUUUUGGGGGGGAAAGCGUUGCUAUGAACUAAUGAAUUGAAACUUCAUUUACUCAUUGUAAAUACACUAUUGUGCAAAAAAAAUUCAAUUGAAUUGCUAGUGUUAACUAAAUUUUGUCUAGACACCAUUUCUGUUGAUGAAAUAAAGACACAUCAUUAUGCAUUGUAA